AUGCUGGAUGACAUGGCUGAAAACAGCCCUGAGAGUUACCAGAAGUUUAUACAGAGGCACAUGAAAGAGGGAAAGGAUUCCAUGGCCCCACCAGAGCUGCAUCUCUGUCUUCAAACCAAAAUAUUGGAUCCAGAGGUGAAGGUUUUGUUCAUCAACAUUUGCAGUUGGAGCAGGGUUCCAGUUCCUCAGUCUGAGGCACAUCCUGUGCCACUGGGUGCAGGAAGACUUGAAAAUGUGUCUGAAGGAGCGGUCACUGACAUUGCAUAUAAUCCUGCGGUGCUAAAGAAAGCUGAGAAGGAUCCAAUAGAAUCUGAUCAAGUGAUCCGCCUGGCAAUGAAAUACAUUGAGGAGAAAUACAAAGUCACCCUUUGCCAUGCGUACCGCCUCGCUCCAUUCAAACUCAAGGGAAAAGUUAAAAGGAUGAGAGAGAGUCUGCAAGGGAUAAAGAAACAAGCUGACAUCAAGAUGGAAGACUCAACAAAAGUGAAUGAUUUGUUGCUAGAACAGCUAAAAAGCAUGGCUAUUAAAGGUGAAGAGCAGGAGAAUAACCCAUCUAUAAGUUUAACUACAAAGGAGACUCCCAGAAACGGCAGAGCAAGUUUGAUCGAAGAGAUCUCCAGCAGCGAGAUACAGGAGGAAGGCUUGCUUAUUUCUCCUAAGCAUGACCUCUGUGUGAUGAAGGAUGGGCAUCCCACAAUGCUGACUCUAAAAAUUGACCUGAAGAAUGUCCAUUCUGUCGCAGAGUGUGAGCUGAGUGUCUCCAAGGAUGACUUGAUGUUUGAAGUACCUGGAAGAUACCAGCUACACUUAAAUCUGCCACAACAAGUUAACGAAGACACAGUUAAAGCACAACUCCACAAAGAAAAGCAUGUUAUAACUGUAACAAUGCCAGUACUUAAACACAUCACUGCUGGACAAACCAUUAAAGUGUAG